GGAGGAGAUGCGUCGCUUUCGCCCGCGGGAGGAACCCUGAGGCAGCUGCCCCGAGGGAGCCGGAGGAGAAGCCGAAGCGCCCGCUCGCCGCCUCCGGAAAAGAAGCCCCAGCCGGAGCCGCCGCCGUCCCGAGGGACUCCGCGAUGAGCAAGCCGGCGGGAUCCACAAGCCGGAUUUUAGACAUCCCGUGCAAAGUGUGUGGGGACCGCAGCUCCGGCAAGCACUACGGCGUCUAUGCCUGCGACGGCUGCUCCGGGUUUUUCAAGCGAAGCAUCCGAAGGAACCGCACUUACGUCUGCAAAUCUGGGAACCAGGGAGGCUGUCCAGUGGACAAGACACAUAGGAAUCAAUGCAGGGCAUGUCGGCUGAAGAAAUGCUUGGAAGUCAACAUGAACAAAGACGCUGUUCAACAUGAAAGGGGACCAAGAACUUCCACAAUAAGGAAACAAGUCGCUCUGUAUUUCAGAGGACACAAGGAGGAUAAUGGAGCCACGCCACAUUUCCCCUCUGCAGCUCUACCUGCCCCAGCUUUCUUCACUGCUGUUACUCAGCUGGAACCUCACAAUCUAGAACUGGCUGCAGUUUCUACAACAUCUGAAAGGCAGACCUUGGUGGGUCUAGCUCAACCAACUCCAAAGUACCCACAUGAAGUCAGUGGCACUCCCAUGUAUCUCUACGAAGUGGCUACUGAAUCUGUUUGUGAGUCUGCGGCAAGGCUUCUCUUCAUGAGCAUCAAAUGGGCUAAAAGUGUCCCUGCUUUUUCUACUCUAUCAUUACAAGAUCAGCUGAUGCUUUUGGAAGAUGCUUGGAGGGAACUGUUUGUUCUAGGAAUAGCACAAUGGGCCAUUCCAGUUGAUGCUAACACUCUACUGGCUGUAUCUGGAAUGAAUGGAGACAACACAGAUUCUCAAAAGCUGAAUAAGAUUAUCUCAGAAAUACAGGCUUUACAAGAGGUUGUGGCUAGAUUUAGACAGCUUCGGUUAGAUGCUACAGAAUUUGCCUGUCUCAAAUGCAUCGUCACUUUUAAAGCUGUACCUACGCAUAGCGGUUCUGAACUCAGAAGUUUUAGAAAUGCUGCGGCCAUUGCAGCUCUUCAAGAUGAAGCUCAGCUCACCCUGAACAGCUACAUUCAUACUAGGUACCCCACACAGCCCUGUCGCUUCGGGAAACUCUUGUUGCUUUUGCCAGCUUUACGUUCGAUUAGUCCCUCCACAAUAGAAGAAGUAUUUUUCAAAAAAACCAUUGGCAAUGUGCCAAUCACAAGACUGCUUUCAGAUAUGUACAAAUCCAGUGACAUCUAGACUGACCUGGGGGGGAGCAAAUGAGAAUGACCAGGGUCACCAUUUCUGAAGAACUUCUUGAUCAAUGGAGAGCAAGCCUCAGCUAACAAACUCUACAAGAAGCUGGAGCCUGGAAACGUUUUAACCUAGUGACAAAAUACACCCAAUAGAUAUGGUUUUGCAGCCUUGAACAGAGCAACUUUGAGUCCUUGGGGAUGUGGGUGGGGAAAUACUGUGCUCCGCGGAAAAACCUGCUGUAGAAUGAACUUGGCUGCUGCUUCUCCCGGUGGAGCCAAUUCAGUUGUCAUUCAUAGUUAACAAAGGCUGUGCUAGUCUGCCAUUUAGUUGGCAGAUGUGACAAGGUAAAGAAGGUCCUUUAGGGUUGUUGUUUCUUCAUACUUUGAAAAAUGGGGUAACCAAACAUUGUUGUCGUCAUGUGUCAUGAGGUGGCCUUCAAAAAUGGUUUUGUUUUUUUUAAAAGUAGCUUGUUUAAGUGAAUGCUUUUUAUAUGAGAGGCAACACUGAAUACCAGGUUAUAGAAACAUUUGCUUCAUCUGUAAUGUAAUAAUAAAAGUGGCCUUCAUCAUGGAUUUUUAAGAAGUACGCCAGCAAAUACCUUUUGAAUUCAAUAGGCUAUGCCUUCUUGUUAAAAAAAACACACGAAGGGGUGGACUUCACGCCUAAGUCUGGCCAACAUAUCAGUUCAGAUUACCAUCUCAGACAAAAGAGCUUUAAAUAAAAAGUUGUUUUUCUUUUCUUUUUAAAAAAAUGCAUGUUAAGCGAAGACUAAACAGCAAAACCAAAUAAAAGAAAAAGGAGAGGAUUGAUACAGCGAACUAAUAGCUGUCCCACUGGCAUAGUGCUGAAACCAAAGGCAACGGUGGUCAAACUCUUUGUCAAUGAGAUGUGCAAAAAAGGUACCUGACUUAUAAUAAAAACAGUUUUGAACCAUCUUACAAUGAAAGAAAAGGAUGGUUGAUCAAUACAAACCUAAUACUCUAGCGGCUUUUUAGAAAAGUCCAGGUUCUAAUAAAAGCCUCUCUCUCUCUCACCACUCCUCACACAACACACAUAUUAUGAGCUGCUUAAUUUGAUGAGAAUACACUUAUGGAAAUGUAGGGGGGAAUUAAAAGAUAACUGCUGUACUUUUCAAGUUUUUAUUUGUUUUAGGAACUAGCACUGAGAAAGGAGAACCAGCACUUGAAGUAUCAUAGAAUGAGUAAAACUUCUCUUGUACAAAAAUGGAUUAACUGAUUUGUGAAGUUAAGGUUGUACUCAUUGUAUUUACAAAGAAUAAAAAAUAUAUUAAGUUUAAAA